AUGUCAAAAAAAGAAAAAACUACAAGUCUUCCUGUUCAUCGAGUUGAUCUAUCAUUACCAGUUGUUCAAACAGAUUCAUAUGAAAUCUUUUAUACAAUACCUUCACAACAAAAUUUACGUACAAUAUCAUCUCGAAAACCACUUGUUGAUAAUAAUAAAAAAUCUACAGAUCAAACAGCAAAAUUUCGAUCUUCAUCUCGUCUUAAACAUCUUAUCGGUCCUGUAUUUGUUAAUGUACUUGUUGAUACAAAUACAAUGACAGCGGAAUCAAUUUCUGCCAUACCUGAUACUGUAUCAAAUCCAUUGAUAAAUUCUAGUUAUUCAAAUCGAGCAUUGAAAACUUUACCAACAAUAAAUAAAAAUUCGAAACAAAAAAAUAUUAAAGAUGAUGGUGAACGAUCUCGAACAUCAUCAGGUGAUAGACUUCUUUAUGAAUCAUUUGGAUCAUUUGAUUAUUUUAAUAUAAAUAAAGUUAAAUCUAAUAAUAUGUGGCAAAAUCUUCAUCAUCCACAAUUGACAUCAACUAAAGCUUUACAUUUACGAACAUCAUCAAAACAUAAAUUAACUUCAAAUGAAAUACAAUUAAAAGUAUCAAAUGCAACAUCAUUAGAUAAUCUUUCACAAGAAUCAACUGCAUCAGCAAAUGGUAACGUAUAUGAACAAGUUGAACAAUUAACAAAAAAUUAUUUUCCAAUGAUACAACAAAUUCGUCAUAGUUGCCAAUGUCCAGAAGUAAUUAAUAAUCGAACGCAUUUUCAUCGUGAACAAAGUCGAGAUUUUAGGCCAAUAUUAUCGCGAACACGUGUAGUUCGAUAA